AUAAGACAAUGGGAUCAUUCAUGAUUCAUUCAGUAAGGGUGUCCCUUUCCCCAGUCCAAGAAAUAUUACACAGUCGAAGGAGUGCCAGAAGCCGUACACGGAACGCUUUUUAUUAACAAGGUCACUGCAAAUUAUUACACUUAAAAGAGAAUAGAAAAUGUUGACUGAAACACUUCUUGUUCUGACGAUCAUCUUGGUGACUGCUUGGGCGUUCUUCACGAAGCCAGCUGGUCUCCCACCAGGGAAAUGGGGACUGCCCCUAAUAGGACACAUCCCACGUGAUGGCAAGUACAUCGAUGAACAGCUAAAGGAUAUGCAGAAACAAUUUGGCGACAUCUAUUUGUGGAAAUUCGGAACACAGGUGCAGGUGUUCGUCCACGACUACGGCAUCUGCAAACAGAUGUUUGGCAACGCAGAAUUCGUCAACAGGCCUUACCUGCCCUCGAUGACUGACGACUCUGGAGAGAUCCUCGGAAUAGUCAUGACAAACGGCGCCCCCUGGCACACCAACAGGAGAUUCACGCUCCGUCAGCUGAGAGACCUGGGUAUGGGCAAGGCCAGUCUGAUCACGGCCAUGCACGAACAGGUUCCAGUGGUUCUGGAAGCCCUGGAAAGAGACGCCGGGAAGGAAGUGGAGAUCACAUCUGCUCUCAACACGGCCAUUAUCAACAUCAUCUGGAAGAUGGUUGCUGACAAGCAAUUCGGAAGCGAGGACCCACGACACAAGGACCUCCAGCAGUUGAUGACACUCAUCAACGAUAGUUUCGACAGCGCCACCAUCGCAGACAUGUUUUCCUGGCUCCAGUACUUCAUCCCUAAGUCUGUGUUCCGCAGAUGGUUCAAACUCGAUGUUGGGAAGGCAGCGGAGGAGAAGUUUUUCAAGUAUUUUGACGAGCUGAUUGAAGAACAUCAGAUGAACCUGAAUCCUGAUGACCCAAAGGAUUUGAUAGAUGCUUACUUGAUCGAGAUGAAGAAUAAGACACAGGAGAAUGGAACCUGGAGUGUCGCUGACCUGAGGUACCUCAUCUUCGACAUGUUCUCUGCUGGAUCAGACACGACGACCUAUACCAUGAAGUGGCUCGUCCUGCACAUGGCUGCGUUUCCCGACGUGCAAAGGAAGCUCCAGCAGGAAAUUGACAAGGUCCUGCAGAAAGAUGUCUUGCCAACGCUCGAGGACCGUCAGAGUAUGCCUUACACAGAGGCCGUAGUCAAUGAAGUCCUGAGAAAAUCCUCCUUGACCAACAUUGGCGUCGCUCAUUCGGCCGUGAAGGACACAACACUUUCCGGAUACAGGAUUCCAAAGGAUACCCUAGUGACCUCAGCCUCCAUGGCCAUUCACCACGACGAGAGAUACUGGGAGGAGCCUCAUCGUUUCCUACCUGAGAGAUGGCUGUCCCCCGAAGGGAAGUUCGUCAUGAAGAAGGAGGGGUUCCUGCCUUUUGGGACAGGCAAAAGGGCGUGCAUAGGGGAGAGUCUGGCUCGGACAGAGAUUUUCAUCUUCACGGCAUCGAUCUUCCAGAAGUUCAACGUCUCCGCCCCAAACGGCCUCCAGGUCGACCUCCUGCCCCGCCAUGACGUGAUGUUCUUCCACGAGGUCAGGAAACAGGGCGUUGUUUUCACCCUAAGAGCGUCGUAGGUCCAGAUACCAGAUACCCUUUCGGGAGGUCAAGGUCACCGUUCUUUGUGAAGGUCACACACCAAUAGUCACGGCUUCCAUAUCAACCUCCAGGUCCAUCAAAUCUGAUGACGAGUCAGGGGUGUUUUAUAGUAAAACAAAAAAUUACAAUAAAUGAAGAAUUGAAAUCAUGA